UAGAAAUCAAUGGACAAAAUAUGCUUGGGUGAGAUUAAAGAAAAAGUUGCACUUGUGAUGGAGUGACGGUAGCGUGAUCGUGGGAAAACAGGUUUGACUUGGUUGUGGUGACAUGGGAUGUGCUGGGCCGCCUGACCAAGCCACCCAUGGCGGGUGAGAAGUGGCCACCCUUAGACUUUGGGCUAGCAGCCCAGUCACCUUUAUGGGGUCAGGAAUGCUGGAGCAGCCUGGGCCUGAUGGGAACAGCAAGGUCUGGCCUGGCCUUGCACGUUCUCUGUGACCUUGUGUGGAUGAAAUGGUGACAGGCCUUUGGGAGCCCUGCCGGAGCAGCGCUGGCUCUUAGGCCGCAUGGUUCAUCAAUCUCCUUGAAAACCUCAGGUUUUUAAUUUUCUGUAAAAGUGCAGCACACACGGCAGACUGAUGAGGGAGAAGGUGCCCUGCUCUUGGCGGGGUUCAGGGGUCCCAGCCAGCGAAGUGAAGGCACCAGUUGUUAGAGGGGUGGCUUCAGAGGGUGUUUGGCAAUAGGAGUCUGAGAACUUGGGGACUUCCAGAUUGUUGCUGCUAAUGUGAUUUGGGGCAUGGCCACCCUGUGGGGGCUGCUGGGCCUAUGGCCUCCAGCUCUGCAGGCAGGGGAGGUGCUGUGCCUUCGGGUGGAUUUUACUUUUGGCCUUUUCUUGGUUUGAGAGGCAAGACUCUCCUAAUCUGUGCCUGUUAAAGGAAUGGUUGGUCAGUGGACCAGUAGUGAGCAGAGAGUAGAGGGGCCGUGAUCGGGCCCAUACUCUUGAACUAGUCACCUACCUGUCCUUUUUUAUUUUUUUUCCUUUAAAUUCUUUAUUACCUGUUUCUUAAACACCACUGUGUUCCAGAGGAGAUGUGGAAGGAUUGCCUGUAAGGGACUCACAGGACAGCGGCCCCAAGGAGGAAGUCUCUGCUCCAGGGCCGCAGUGGAGCUGGGGUGUGUGUGUUGAAGUCCUGUGUGCUGCUGGCAGGGGCCUCCCCACCUGGGAACAGCUCAAGCAGGGGCAGGUGUAGUCCGCUCAUGACUGACGAGACUAAUAGACAAGUCACGAGUAACCUGUGUCAAAUGGGUUCCCGGUUCGGAAAGCCUUUUCCUAGUAGCCCAUUCGAGUGGGAACAUGUACCUGUAUAAUGUGGAGCACUCUUGUGGCACCACAGCCCCCCACUACCAGCUCCUGAAGCAGGGCGAGAGCUUCGCCGUGCACACUUGCAAGAGCAAAUCCACGAGGAACCCUCUCCUCAAGUGGACGGUGGGCGAGGGGGCCCUCAACGAGUUUGCUUUCUCCCCAGAUGGCAAGUUCUUGGCGUGCGUGAGCCAGGACGGGUUUCUGCGGGUGUUCAACUUUGACUCUGUGGAGCUGCACGGCACCAUGAAAAGCUACUUUGGAGGCUUGCUGUGCGUGUGUUGGAGCCCGGACGGCAAGUACAUCGUCACGGGGGGCGAGGAUGAUCUGGUGACAGUCUGGUCUUUUGUAGACGGCCGAGUGAUAGCUCGAGGCCACGGGCACAAGUCUUGGGUCAGCGUGGUGGCGUUUGACCCCUACACCACGAGUGUAGAAGAAAGCGACCCUAUGGAGUUCAGUGGCAGUGACGAGGACUUCCAGGACCUGCUCCACUUCGGCAGAGACCGAGCAAACAGUACCCAGUCCAGGCUGUCCAAGCGGAAUUCCACGGAGAGCCGCCCCGUCAGUGUCACGUAUCGGUUUGGCUCUGUGGGCCAGGACACGCAGCUCUGCUUGUGGGACCUCACGGAAGAUAUCCUUUUCCCUCACCAGCCCCUCUCCAGGGCACGGACACACACAAAUGUCAUGAAUGCCACAAGCCCUCCAGCCGGGAGCACUGGGAACAGCGUCUCGACGCCUGGCAGCUCUGCGCCUCCCCCUCUACCGCGGUCCAAUAGCCUCCCACAUUCCACUGUCUCCAACGCCGGCAGCAAGAGCAACGUCGCCGAUGGGGCCAUCGCGUCUGGGGUCAGCAAAUUCGCAACACUCUCCCUACACGAUCGGAAGGACCGGCACCACGAGAAAGAUCACAAGCGAAACCAUAGCAUGGGACACAUUGCUAGCAAGAGCAGUGACAAACUGAACCUAGUUACCAAAACCAAAACGGACCCAGCUAAAACUCUGGGCACGCCCCUGUGUCCUCGAAUGGAAGACGUUCCCUUGUUAGAGCCGCUCAUCUGUAAAAAGAUAGCACACGAAAGGCUGACUGUGUUGAUUUUUCUUGAAGACUGUGUAGUCACUGCUUGUCAGGAGGGGUUUGUUUGCACAUGGGGAAGGCCUGGGAAAGUGGUAAGUUUGAAUCCUUAACGCUGCACCAGACCGAGAACUUGAGUAGGUAGUGAUUUUUUUCCUUGUGGGAGGGGUGGGUGUACAAUGAAUGAAUGACACUUCUUAAUGUAAAUCUAAAUGCAUCAGAGCCAUACUUUUGGAUACUGCAUGCCAUGUAAUUCUGAAUCAUUUGAUAAUUCACCUUAGAACGUUUAAAAAUAUAAUCAAACUAAUUGCCAGCCAAGUCCGUCACCCUCCUGGGAGUAUAUAGAGUCCCGAGGUGAGCGCUCCUGUCUUAGACUAUUUCGAUUUUAGGAAAAUCAUGACAGUGUGGGGGAAACAAUGAAUUAAAAAGCUAAAAUUAAAAUUUCUGCUUUAACUGGAAUAUUUUUGCUUAACUACUCAAUUAGAAAAUUGUACACCUGAUCAGAGCGUGUUCAGCACGGACGGCCACUGACUGUCAUUUAUAGUCCAGUUUUUUAUCUUAAUCAUAAAAUGUUUAGGAAUCUAUGAAAUUUAACUUUAGGAACAAAGCGUUCAGCAGGGUUGAUUGAUAUUAUUUUUACAUUGUUCUGGCAAUCCACAGAAAGAGAAGAGCCUUAAUUUUUAAAACCCAUUUUAGUCAUUUUAUGACAAUUAAAAUUGUUUAAUAAACAUCUUUUUUCAAAGAAGCAGUUUGUACCACUUUGAUUGAGAUUCUGUGCACUAAAUAAAAUACCCACGUUCCUCAAGCCUGGGCGGUUCCUGUGAACUGCGGGCCGAGGUUGCCCACCGCACGUGUCAGAAGUGCCUCUUGCCACGGAAGCCAAGACCUUUUCUGUCCAGUGCGCUUUUGCUUGUUUUUUUUCCCAAGAAGAAAAAAGAGGUUUCAUUUUCUUUUGUUUUGGGGCAGGUUUUGUUUUGUUUUUAUUUCUUGGGGGUUUUUUUUGGUCACGAAGGCUCACGAUUGUAGGCCCUGGGCAGCCUCUUUAGCUUUGUUUUGUACAAACUGACAGACCCUCCCCAUCCCAUACACACACACACACACACACACACACACACACACACACACACCCGUGGUCCGGGUUUGGUUUUCACCUAGAGGGGAAGUCCAACUACGGAGUGCCCCCUUAUUGUCGGAAGGUGGUCCUUCCAGGGUCCUUCUUGGGAUGCUGAUACUAGCCUGGCCCUCAGGCUUCCAUCCCAGCACCUCACCCCUGGGCCCAGGUGCCCACUGGAUGGACCCGCUGCUCCCAUGGGAAAUUGCAGUGUUUGAUUCUGAGUCCCUAUGACCCUUCUCAGCUGUGUAGGAGUUUCAAAUCCCAGCUUUCACACGAUGCGAUGGUUCUUUGAACUCUGUGUUUUAUGUCAAGAUGACGAUUAUCUGGUUUGUUAACUUAUUUUGGUCAUUUAGGUUUGUUCUAUUUUGCACACUUUUGUAAUUAAAUAUAGCGAUGCUGAUAACA